AUGGCGGACUUUCAGCGCCAAUAUGUCUCUCAGCUGGUGCCUUCUAAUAUGAAGAUGUUGACGACUCUUCUCAUUGCCGUGACCAUCGUCAACUCCGCUACCUUGGGAUACGAUGCCUCGGUCAUGAGUGGUUUGAACAUUCUCCCGUCCUACACCGACUAUUUCAACCUCAACACCGCAACCGAAGGCCUUCAAACAGCGGCAGCGUGGAUGGGAGAUAUUUUCGCAUGCUUCAUUAUGCAACCCAUCACGGAUCGCUAUGGUCGCAAAGCCGGGAUCCUAGCAUCGGCCAUUGUGUGCUUUAUCGGCAUAAUCCUGCAGGCAGCGGCUCAGAAUACCGCCAUGUUUGUGGUUUCGCGGAUUAUCGUUGGUCUCGGCUCUCAGCUAUCGAGCAGUGCUGCCCCAGCUCUUCUGGGCGAGCUACUCCCCGCUGUAACCCGUGGCCGGAUCCUUGGUAUCUUUUUCUCUUGCUAUUAUGUAGGGAGCUUGCUGGUGUCUAUAAUCAACUACGGGUCCCAGAAUAUCGAUUCAACCUGGUCGUGGCGACUGCCAUCUCUGCUUCAGUUGAUCCCCAGUGUAUUGGCAUUGAGUCUCUUGCCAUUCGUGCCUGAAUCGCCACGAUGGCUUAUUGCCAGAGGGAAAUUCGAUCAUGCCAGAGAAGUUCUUAUAAUCACGAGAGGGGACUCUAACCCAAAUGACCCUCGUGCUGCCACUGAGUUUGACACAAUUGAAUUGACCAUUGCCAAGGAGAAGGAGAUGUUCCCUCGCAAUCCGUGGCUCGAAAUCAUUUCAACUCCCGGAAACCGGAAACGGCUGGCAAUUCUUGUUUCUUUUGGUGUAAUGUUGGAGAUGUUUGGGAACUUUGUUGUUUCAUUCUAUCUGACCAAGAUUCUCGACCAAGCCGGCAUCACGGAUACAAAAACUCAAACUCAGAUUAACGUCAUCUUGAAUUGCUGGUCUUUUGCUGUCGCAAUCUGUGGCAGUUUUGCCUUGGACUACAUUGGCCGUCGCAAACAGACGCUCUGGUUGUAUGGAGAAUCAGCCGACAAAUCCGGCAUUUACGGGAGCAUCGCGGUUAUGUUCCUAUUCCAAGGCUUUUAUUCCUUUUCCAUUACUCCAAUGACCAGCGUGUAUCCAACCGAGGUCUCGCAGUACAAACUACGUACCACAGGUAUUGCCAUAUUCCGUUUCUUUGACUGUGGAUUUGGUCUGAUGGCCUCUUUCGCCAUGAAUUAUGCAAUGGAAAAUCUCGGGUGGAAGUUCUACAUCGUCAAUGCCUCAUAUGACUUCCUUUUCUUGGCCGCAGCUUACUUCCUGUUUGUCGAGACUAAUGGUCUGACGCUGGAAGAAAUCACGGCCAAAUUUGAAGGCGCUGUGACACUUGAGGGCCGAAGCGGUCAGGAGACUGCCUCUCUAUCAAACAGCGAAGACCGGGAUGUCAAGGAUAGUAAAAACUAG